CUAUCGCCUUCAGAUGUUUCCGAAUUUUUCAAAGAACAGAAAUCGAUGCCAUUGUUGUUCUUUAAAUUCAAUCCUCAGUAAUAUUUAAUCCCGCAAUCUUGUUUCUCAAAUUUCACUUUUCUUCAUCAAUCUUGAAUCAUCUUUCACGUUACGUUUGAUUACCCUCUUAACACAGCCCUGUUGCCUUUUCCUUUUAUCUCUUCUCCUGCUUUUGCACCCACCUGAACCGCCAUGGACGGCAGCGACGCCCCUACUGACUCGCCGCCGGGUCCUCGGAAUGGACGAGACGGUCAGAAGGUCCCUAUCUAUAAACUCUUCACAUUCGCCGAUCGGUUCGACGUUAUGUUGAUGAUCCUCGGCACCGUCUGCGCUAUCGCUAAUGGCAUCUCUCAGCCAAUCAUGACGCUUAUUUUCGGCAAGAUGAUCAACUCCUUUGGCUCCUCCGAUCAGUCUGAUGUUGUCACUCAAGUUUCCAAGAUUUCUGUAGACUUCGUGUUCCUGGGAAUUGGGACUGGAAUUGCUUCGUUCCUACAGGUUGCAUGUUGGAUGGUAACAGGAGAAAGACAGGCAGCACGUAUUCGGGCAUUGUAUUUGAAAACAAUACUAAGACAGGACAUUACAUUCUUUGACACUGAAACUACAACUGGAGAAGUUAUUGGUCGAAUGUCUGGAGACACCAUUUUGAUACAAGAUGCCAUGGGAGAAAAGGUGGGGAAGUUCAUACAGUUACUAUCAACUUUCCUCGGUGGUUUUGCGGUUGCCUUCAUGAAGGGAUGGCUUCUUGCUGUGGUUUUGCUCUCCUGCAUUCCUGCAAUUGUAGCUGCUGGUGGUGCCACAUCACUUAUCAUGUCUAGAAUGUCAAGCCGUGGACAGAUUGCUUAUGCUGAAGCAGGGAAUGUAGUAGAACAAACAGUUGGGGCUAUUAGAACAGUAGCAUCCUAUACUGGGGAGAAGCAAGCUAUUGAGAAAUACAAUGCCAAGCUGAAAAUAGCUUACAAGUCAACAGUUAAACAAGGACUCGCCUCGGGUUUAGGAAUCGGCCUAAUAUUGCUAAUUGUCUUUGGCACCUAUGGGCUUGCUGUAUGGUAUGGAUCCAAGCUUAUCAUUGAGAAGGGAUACAAUGGUGGACAAGUCAUCAAUGUUAUCUUUGCAAUUAUGACUGGUGGAAUGUCAUUGGGGCAGACAUCACCAGUGGUCAAUGCAUUUGCUUCAGGACAGGCUGCAGCCUACAAAUUGUUUGAGACAAUCAAACGAAAACCAAAAAUUGAUUCCUAUGACGCCAGUGGUAUAACGCUGGAAGACAUACAAGGUGACAUUGAACUUAAGGAUGUCUACUUCAGGUACCCUGCUCGGCCAGAUGUGCAGAUUUUUUCAGGAUUCUCGUUGUUUGUUCACCGUGGAACAACUGCUGCACUUGUUGGACAUAGUGGAAGCGGAAAGUCAACAGUUAUCAGUUUACUUGAAAGAUUCUAUGAUCCUGAUUCUGGUGAAGUACUUAUAGAUGGAGUGAAUUUGAAGAAAUUAAAACUUAGAUGGAUAAGGAAAAAAAUUGGUCUUGUUAGCCAAGAACCUAUUCUCUUUGCAACUACUAUAAAGGAGAAUAUACUGUACGGGAAAGAAAAUGCGACAGAAGAAGAGAUCAGAGCAGCAACUGAGCUUGCCAAUGCUGCAAAGUUCAUUGACAAGCUGCCUAUGGGGCUUGAUACGAUGGUAGGCGAGCAUGGGACCCAGCUAUCAGGUGGACAGAAGCAAAGAAUUGCCAUUUCAAGGGCCAUUUUGAAAGAUCCCAGGAUUCUGCUCCUUGAUGAAGCAACUAGUGCUUUAGAUACAGAAUCAGAGCGUAUUGUUCAAGAAGCACUUGUAAGAGUGAUGGAAAAUCGGACUACCGUGGUUGUUGCACAUCGCUUGACAACUAUAAGGAAUGCUGACACUAUAGCAGUGGUGCAUCAAGGGAAACUUCUUGAAAAAGGAACACAUGAUGAACUGAUCGAAAAUCCUGAUGGAGCUUAUUCCCAGCUAGUCCGUCUGCAAGAAGGAACUACAGCAGAGACAGCAACUAACCUAACCAAUGAUACAGUUGAUGUAGACAAUAGAAUGGACAGUCUUGAUAGUAAGAGAACAUCAAUGAGGAGAUCCGUAAGUAGGGGUUCAUCAAUUAGUCGGCCUUCAUUCACUAUGAACUUUGGCAUUCCGGGUUCAGUUCAUAUCCAAGAUCAAGAAAUCGAUGAGGACGGACCAGAAAGAGCAGACAUUGAUCCGAAAAAGCGUAAAAAUGUUUCAUUGAAACGAUUGGCAGCCUUGAAUAAGCCUGAAAUUCCAGUUUUGCUCCUUGGAUCCAUCGCAGCAGUACUGAGUGGCAUAGUUUUUCCUAUAUUUGGCCUUUUACUCUCAAGUGCCAUUGGAAUGUUCUAUAAACCCGCAAGCCAGCUUGAGAAAGAAUCCAAGUAUUGGGCACUUGUGUAUCUUGGUCUAGGAUGUCUCAUAUUCUUUGCUGCACCUACACAGAAUUUCCUUUUUGGAAUUGUAGGCGGAAAGUUAAUCGAACGGAUUCGGUCUUUGACAUUUGAAAAGAUUGUCCACCAACAGAUUAGCUAUUUUGAUGAUCCUGCAAACACAAGUGGCGCAAUUGGUGCAAGGUUGUCCACCGAUGCUGCCACAGUUCGAGGACUUGUAGGGGAUGCCUUGGCCUUAGUAGUCCAGAAUAUUGCAACCAUCACAGCUGGGUUAAUCAUAGCAUUCUCAGCUAACUGGAUAUUAGCUUUGGUGAUUCUAGCCGUGUCGCCUUUGCUGCUUGUACAAGGUUACCUCCAGACCAAGUUCACGAGAGGGUUCAGUGCAGAUGCCAAGGUCAUGUAUGAAGAAGCUAGUCAGGUCGCUAACGAUGCCGUUGGCAGCAUCAGAACUGUUGCAUCAUUUUGCUCUGAGAAGAAGGUGAUGGACUUAUAUGAAAAGAAAUGUGAAAAUCCAGUCAAAAAUGGAGUUCGCCUAGGACUCGUCAGUGGCGCCGGGUUUGGCUUUUCUUUCUUUGCCCUCUUCUGCACAAAUGCUUUUUGCUUCUACAUCGGAUCCAUUCUAGUGAAGCAUGGCAAGGCAACAUUUCCGGAAGUCUUCAAGGUUUUUUUCUCUCUUACAAUUUCUGCCAUGGGUGUUUCCCAAGCCACUGCCUUGGCUCCUGAUAGCACCAAAGCCAAGGAUUCCGCAGCUUCUAUAUUUGAAAUACUCGACAGCCAGCCUAAGAUCGACUCAAGCAACACCGAAGGCGAGACACUUGCCACUGUAACUGGCAAUAUCGAUUUUGAACAUGUUAGCUUCAAGUAUCCAACAAGACCAGAUAUUCAAAUUUUCCGAGAUUUAUGCUUAAGCAUCCCUUCAGGAAAGACUGUUGCAUUGGUUGGUGAAAGUGGCAGCGGGAAGUCGACAGUAAUCAGUCUGAUAGAAAGGUUUUACGACCCGGACUCCGGCCGCGCUCUUCUGGACGGGGUGGAAAUUUUCAAGUUCAAACUAAGCUGGCUGAGGCAGCAAAUGGGAUUGGUCAGCCAAGAGCCAAUCUUGUUCAAUGAAACAAUUCGCUCCAACAUAGCUUAUGGAAAACCAGGAAAUGCAAGCGAGGAAGAGAUAGUUGGAGCAGCAAAAGCAGCCAAUGCACAUAAUUUCAUCUCUUCAUUGCCUGGUGGCUAUGAAACCUCAGUAGGAGAAAGAGGAGUUCAGCUAUCAGGAGGCCAGAAACAGAGGAUAGCCAUUGCUAGAGCCAUACUAAAGGACCCAAAAAUUCUUUUGCUGGACGAGGCCACGAGCGCACUCGAUGCCGAGUCCGAGCGCGUAGUACAAGAUGCAUUAGAUAGAGUGAUGGUUAACAGAACCACGGUCGUUGUGGCCCAUCGCCUCACCACCAUUAGAGGGGCUGACAUCAUUGCUGUGGUAAAAAAUGGUGUGAUUACAGAGGAAGGCAGCCAUGAUGUGCUGAUGAAGAUCAAUGAUGGGGCUUAUGCGUCCUUAGUCGCACUCCAUAAAAGUUCAUAACUUGAGAAGGAUGAAACUAAAAAAUCACUUCUACACAGAUUAGAUGAUCCUAUACAGGAUCUUAAAUCAUUUUUUGACACAUUUAUUAUUUUUGACAUAAUUUUAACAUUUUAAAUUC